UGCGACAACCGUUGACAAUACACUAGAAAGAAGUGUAGUCUAAAAAGAACGGCUACAAAUCACAAGACGACAAGAGGCCUGCCCCAGCGACCUGGUUUUUUUUCUUCGUCCCGAGUUCCCACGACAAACUGGGAUAUACCUACCGAUGAAACGACGACGGAGAGUUUGCCGAUCCGCUCCAGUUCGCUUAUUCUUUUUGUGUGGGGUUUGUAUGCUAGGCUCCUGACGUCUCCACGCCUGGAACCUCGCGACGUUGGACACGAGAUACAUGGCCGACUCUCGCCGAUGUCCUGCCUUUCCUCGGAUGCGCAUUGCUUUGCGGUGCCUUUUACUCCGAGAAGAACGUCGACCGGAUUUCGGCUUAAGAUGACGAGAACGCGCGCUUUGUUUUUGGGGCGAUGGAAUACUACUACUGCUACUUCUCCUCCUCCCUUCGACAUCCUGCAUGACUGUGAGUGAACCAUGACUAUCGAGGAGAAGCCGCAAUCUGCCCUCGACGCGGAGAAUGGCGUGUCCAGAGAAGCCGGAUCCGUGGAUGAGGUCCCGUAUAGCAUCUACACGCCCAAGGAGAAAUGGAUGAUCGUCGCCAUGGUCGCGUUGGCGGGGUUCUACAGCCCGUUGCCUGCUAAUAUAUACUUCCCGGCUAUACCCACCCUCGCCAAAGCUUUUGGCAAGUCAAUCGACACUAUCAAUCAGACGGUCACUGUGUAUCUGGUCUUCCAGGGCGUGUCGCCCAUGCUAUGGGGGCCCAUUAGCGACCGCUAUGGACGACGACUGGUGUAUCUCGGCUGCUUGAGUAUUCUGGUGGCGUCGAGUAUCGGCUUGGCGUUGUGUCCGACUGAUAAAUUCUGGUUACUCUUGUUUCUGAGAUGCUUUCAAUCUGGUGGAAGCGCGAGUACCAUCGCCCUUGGAGCUGGUGUGAUUGGUGACAUUUCCACUUCCAAAGAAAGAGGAGGAUAUUUCGGCAUGUUCAACCUAGGCCCAAUGCUAGCCCCCGUCAUCGCCCCAGCCAUGGGCGGAGCCCUAUCUCAGAGCCUCGGAUGGCGGUCCAUAUUCUGGUCCAUCGUCAUCAUGGUCGCCGUAUGCCUAGUCUGCAUCGCGCUCUUCCUCCCCGAAACCCUCCGCUCCAUCGCCGGAAACGGCAGCCUCCCCGUCUCCCCCCACUCCCGCGCCCUCGUCCCCAUCGUCGGCCGCAAAGCCGCCCGCGAAGAAUACACCCCCGACCCCUCGCGCGCCAAAGCAAAACAAUCCGUAAACCCCUUCGUCCUCUUCACAUACCCCGACGUCAUCGUCCUACUCACCUUCACCGGCAUCGUCUACGCAGUAAACUACACAAUCACAGCCACAAUCUCCUCGGCCUUUGCAAAAAUCUACCCCCAGCUCUCCCAAACCGUGCUCGGCCUGUGCUACCUGCCCACCGGCGCCGGCAUGAUAAUCGGCAGCACCAUGACGGGAAAAAUGCUAGACUGGGAAUACGCCCGCAUCAAAUCGCAGCUCGGCUCGAAAUUCACAAUCGAAUACGCUCGCCUGCGUAUCAUGCCCUUCUACCUCGCCCUCUUCAUAAUCUGCGUCAUAAGCUGGGGAUGGGCCAUCGAGGCCAAAGCGCACAUCGCCGUGCCGCUUAUUCUCGGCGUUAUGCUGGGCUGGACGUCCAUUGGCAUCCUCAACACGACGAUGACGCUCAAUGUGGAUAUUUUGCAGUCGCGCAGCUCGGGGGCCACGGCGUGCACGAAUCUCGUUCGCUGCUCGUUGGCUGCGAUUCUUAUUUCGGUUAUUGAUCGCAUGACGGGGGCGUGGGGGCAUGGGUGGACGUAUGCGUUUUGGGGGGCGGUUUGUGUGUUGUUGCUUCCGCUUAUGUUGUUGGAGAUUAGGAGGGGGCCGGUUUGGAGGGCGAGGAGGGAGGCUGCUGAGUAGGGGUGGGCAGGCUGGGAGUGAGGAUGGGUAGGCUGGAGGUGAUGAAGUGGAUUUGUUUGUUUGCUUCACGACAAGCAGACAUUUGUGGAAGCGAGGGAGGGAGGAAGCUUGGAAUCUUUUGUCCUUGGGAUGGUGCGUAUCGGACCAGAAAAGUUUUAUACCCCUUAGUCGUACAUUGUUGCAAUUUGAUCACGCAUUUUUUUUCUCACACAAA